UCUGUCUCGUCUUUGAAAAUGAUUGAAAUCAAGGAGGUAGAAUACAAAAAAUUUAGAAGUUUUUUAAAAUAUUUGAUAAGUUUAGCGGGUAUUUGGACAACAGAACACUCGAAUGCAUUUGUACGGUUAUUAUUGUACAUCCAUGUGUCUUGUUUUAUAAUACCAGCAAUCGGAGUUUUGAACUUUAUCAACACCAAUAUAACGAAUGUGAUAUUGGUAACAAAGGGCUUGAGUGUGCUGAUGGGCAUGGCGACCAAUAUGAUGAAAGGGAUUUGCAUGAUUGUCAAUCGCAAAGACAUAAAUCGUUUCCAUGCAAUUGUCGAUUUACACUUCAACAAUUUGAUGGAAAAGCCCCAAUUAUCGAGCGUUGUUUUAAAGGGAGUUACAAACUUCCGAAGAGCAACGAUUUUCUUAACAACAUUAGCGACUACUAUCUGCACUUUCUACGCGAUCGUUCCCAUAAUUUCAAUAAUUAAGCAGUGGAAGCAUCACAUGCACCCUAUCAAGUAUAAACCGAUUUUACCCACAGUAUACCCGUGGAAUAACACGCCCAAUACUUUUCCUUAUCACCUCUGUUUCCUUAUCGAAAACCUGACUAACCUGAGUAUGAUCGUUCUCACCUCGAGUGUCGACAGUCUAUUUACUUACUAUGUCUUUCAUUUGAUCGGCAUGAGUCGCGAAAUUCUGCAUCUCGUAACUUCGCUGAAAAAGAAUGACGACACCGAAGCGGCUAUCAAUCAAUGUGUGUCAAAGUACGCGCUGCUGCUAGAAUGCCGAGACUUGCUGCAAAAAGUUUACGGCUUUGUAAUUUUGUGGUCGAUGAACACAAAUGCCAUCACGCUUUGCGCAGUAAUUUUCCAGCUUACAAAUGCCAAAACAGUUUCUAUAACAGUUAUGGUCAUGUGUGCUGCACACGCGACUUUAAAAUUGUCUCAAGUGUUUAUUUAUGGCUGGACCGGGUCUCGCUUAAUGACAGAGAGCGAGAAAUUGCGCGAAGCAAUAUACGCUGCAAAUUGGUUUGGAAAUAAACGACUGAUGACUUCAAUAAUAAUUAUACUCUCUCAGAAACCGCUGAUUAUAAAAGCCUGCAAGUUUUCAACCGUAUCUAUUGAUAUGUUCUCGGCGGUCAUCAACACUACGAUAUCUUACUACUUGCUACUGAAAACUUUUGAAAGUGACUCUUAAAAAUUUUAUUAUUUUUCAAAUUUGCUGAAUGUAUAUUUAAUAAUUUAGUU